AUGAGUACAACAAUUGUUCAAGAUACUUUGACCGUUGGCAUUGAUAUUGGAGAUAUUAUUCAGAAUAAUCCACGAUUAAACAAUGAUGUUUUACCUCUUAUACUUGCAAAGUUUCGAUCAAUUGUACCAAACGCCAAUGAAGUUCCUGAAGAUGAUUUGAAGAAAGAGAUCCAAAGAAAAGUAUGCCCAUUUGCAUUAUUCCUUUCUUCUACAUCUGUUUUUGUCUACCUUGGAUUUGAACACUUUCCAACAUUAAAUAUGCUGAAAAGCAAAGCCAAAUUCAAAGCUGAUCAUCGUAAAAUAGAGUCGUAUCAUUAUUGCAGUAAUUUGAUAACAGUUGCAAUUAAAAAUCGAAAGGUGAAUAACACCGCAUUCAAACAAAGUGAUCUUGAUACAAGUCUGGUUAAUUUUAAUAAUCCAACAACUGUACCAUCAAGUGUUCUCGCUGGUUUCUCGACAGUGUUUCAGCAAAAACGUUCUGAUCAAAGUAAUUGUUGUCAAGCACGAAAAUGUAUCAAAACCGUUCAAACAGCCGCUACUGGUCCUCAUUCCACUUGUUCUGAUGACGAAUCCUUCCUCAAAUACAGUUUACGUGAUAGAUCAAAACUGAUAAAAAUUCAAUAUGAUUAUAUGACGUAUUAUGAAUCCUCAGAAGACGACGACGAUGAUGGAUCUCCUGAUGAUGCUCUGCUAUCAAAUGUGAAACUUUUAGAAUUUAUGAGAUUUAAAGAUAAAUAUAACAUCACUGAUGAAGCCAUUAGAGUUUUGAACCAGUUGGAAUCAAUACAUGACUCAUGCCCAACAUUAUACCAUUUGAAAAAAUUGAGAGCUACAUUAAAUAAAAAUAUUCCAAUUAAGAAAUGUGAUCAAGGUGAGUGUAGGGAAGUUUCAACAUAUAUUCCGUUUGGUCAGUCGCUCUUCUCUAUUAUAAUAUUUCCUUGUAUAAUAUAACUUC